GUCGUUUUUGCAUGGCGCCUAUGAACAGUUGCAGAGGUUUUGAAAUAUUUCGCGUAUAGGUCCUUUCAUUUAAAAAGGUCUCAAGUGCAAUAUUUCGAAAUAUGAUCAUGAAAGCUUUGCGACUUUUUAUAUAAUGCUUGUUAUUUUGAUAAAUACUGGGUAUAAUGAAUCCUGGUUUUCGGUAUUCGUUAGCUAUGUUGUAAUCACAUGCUGCGCUGCAAAUAACUCAGUUUGUUUACAUUUGUCACUAAGGACCAUUUGAAUCAGCACUCUUGAAAUAAUCUUGUUUUGCCCAAUAACUGUAUAUCAACAAAGAAGAAUACAAUAAGAUCGGCAAAUUAUAAAUUAUUUAGCAAUCACGAUACCCUGGUGGUUUGACCAUUUGUCAGGUCAAGGUGGUUUUCCAGUGUGCAAUGGAAGAAAUCUGUCGGUGCUGCCUGAAGUCUACCGCACUUUCCGACGGUACUUCAGUUACGGAUCCUGAUUUUCGUUCAAAGAUCGAAAUUAUUUUCAAUUUCGUUUUGAUUGGCGAUGAUGCAUUUCCCUCCGUUGUUUGCCCGAGUUGUUGCAAUAGUGUAACGGAAUUUCAUACCUUUCACGAAAUGGUUCGAAUGAACCAAACUCAGCUUGGGAGCAGAAUAAAUGAUGCAAAACACAAACCUAUGGUGUUGGAAGAUAUAAUAGUCAAACAGGAAGUGUCGAUUCACAAGGAAAAUGAUCUUGAAAGGGUUGUUUGGUUGAGCGAACCGGAUUCAGAGGACGCCAAACCGUCAGAUUCUGAACCUACACUUGAAGUCAAAGUAGAAAUGAACGAUUCCGAUGGCAGUACGGAAAGUGAUAAACCAGUCACCCGAAAGAAACGGAGAGUAGUGGUCAACAAAUCAACGACUACCGGUAAAAAAGCAUUUAGCCGAAGGUCGGAAAGUCAAGAACAGAGAAUCACAAGAUACAAUGAUGAGAAUCGGAAAAUUUCUGAAUUUUUCAAAAUGAAUUGCGAGUUCUGUUCGGAAACUCUUGAUACCUUUGGCCGACUACAAACGCACUGUCGAAAGGUUCACAACGAAAGGGCAGGAGUGAAAUGCUGCGAUCGUACCUUCUACGUUAAAUACCGAAUCAUUGAACAUAUAAAUUCACAUCAAAAUCCGAAGCGGUUUCACUGUGAAAUUUGUAACCGUUACUACCACAGCAAAGAAUAUCUGGAAUUGCACAACAUGAAAAAACACGGAAACGCUGCGGAGAAACCUUUCGAUUGCGACAAAUGCAGUAAAAGCUUCCAUAGACAGUGCUUAUUGAACGCCCACCUGAAAACUCACAUCCAAGCGGAAUGCUCCGUUUGUCACAAGAUGUUGGCCAAUGUUUACUCUUUAAAAAUGCACAUGCUAAGGCACACCGAUAAUGUGAAACACAUUUGCGACACUUGCGGGCUGGAAUUCCGCUCUAAGGAGUCGAUUGAACGACACAUCAAACGCCAUAUGGGUAUUAAUCCGGUCGAACGCCUUCAGUGCCACAUCUGCAGCCGUUGGGUCGCCGGAAAGCGCAAUCUCAAAAUUCACCUGCGAACGGUUCAUUGUGAUAAAAAUCAGGAGUUUUCUUGUGACAUCUGCUCCCAGAAGUACCGCAAUGAGCGGUCCUUGAGUGUUCACAAGGGUCGGGUUCAUGUGGAGAAAAAGUACGAGUGUGAGUUUUGCGGGAAAAAGUUCAAAAGAAGUAUAAACUGGAAGGAACACAGGGCUUCGCACACCGGCGAGACGCUGUAUUCGUGUGAUGUGUGCGGUAUGACUAGCAAUUCUAACGGUAAUCUUUACUCGCACAAGAAGAACAAACAUCCGGUCGAAUGGUUGAAGGCGAAAAAGAAAUCAAUGGAAGCGGAUUAUGGUAGAACAUCCUUGCAAUAGAAGAUUGUAGGUACUUCGGGGUGACCAACUAUCCUAAGCGCCAUGUAAUUGAGUAAAGCAUUUUCAAUGCUCGAGGAAAAUUCCUUCAAAUUCUUCUCGAACGAGGACCAUUGACAGAUCUUGUGCUCGACUGGAAUGACACUGACAGGCACAGGGUAAACAAAAGAUUGAGAUGUCGAGUCUUUUUCAUAUCAGAGAGCGUCUUCAGUCAAGAAAUAAACAAUAAUCAGCUGAUCAGAAAGAUGUCAUAUCUCAUGGACUAUUUGUUAUGUAGUGUGUAUGUACGGUAUGUACCUACAUCACAUGAGCCAUAGAAUCGCUUAUGGACUGCCUAAAAGAUAACCAAAAAGCAAAGGAAUUACAAUGAAUGCAACAAUGCAUAAAAUGAGUGAACCUUGUCGUUUUUGUCUAAAACCCAUCGAACGUACGACAGGUAUACCAAUUACAGAUGCCGGUCUUUGCACAAAAAUCAAGAUUGUUUUCAAUUUCACUCUAUCUGAUGGUGAAACGUUCCCCUCAACGGUUUGUUUGAGCUGUUAUAGUAAGGUCACGGAAUUUCAUAGCUUUCACGAGAGGGUUCGGCUCAAUCAAAUCGAACUGAGCGACACAUCCGCUGUUGCGGCAAAACUACCGCUCGAGGAUUUAAACUCGGUACACGGAGAAGAUGAACUCCAACAGGUGGUUUGGUUGAACGAACAGCAUAUAGAACAGGAAGAAGAGGAAACCAAUCUGGAUGAACUCCCAUCGACACUUGAUGUCAAAGUAGAAAUGGACGAUUCCGAUGCUAGUGAGGAAAGUGAUGAAUCAAUCACUCAUAAGAAACAAUGUGUCGUGAUCAAUCAAUCAGCAGAUACCGACACAGGAGAGUUAAAUCGAAAGUCUGAAUGCCGUGAAGAAAAAAUCGAAAAAUACAAUGAGGAAAAUCGAAAAAUUUCGGAAUUUUUCAACAUGACCUGCAAGUUCUGCUCAGAAACUCUUGGAACAUUUGGCAGACUGAGAACGCACUGUCGGAAGGUUCACAACGAAAGGGCAGAAGUGGAAUGCUGUAAUCGUAUUUUCUACGUUAAAUGUAAAAUUAUUGAACACAUAAACUCUCAUCAAGAUCCGAAACGGUUUCACUGUGAAAUUUGCAAUAGAUACUACCACAGUAAAGAUUACCUGGAACUGCACAACAAGAGGAUUCACAGUAAUGACAAGGAGAAACCUUUUGUAUGUGACAAGUGCGAUAAACGGUUUCCCAAACAAAAACUGUUGAAUGCACAUCUGAAAGCUCACAUCCAAGUGGAAUGCUCCAUCUGUAACCGAAAGUUGGCUAAUGUGUACUCCCUAAAGGUGCACAUGAUGAUGCAUGCCGAUAGUUUGGAACAGCCGAAACACAUUUGCGAUACAUGUGGGAAGGAAUUCCCCCGUAAAAUGGCCUUGGAUCAGCACAUCAAACGGCACAUGGGUAUAAAUCCAGAAAAAAGGCUUCAGUGCAAUAUUUGCAACCGCUGGAUACUCGGAAAACGCGGCUUGAAAAAGCACUUAAUUACGGUUCACUGUGACCGAAAUCAGCAGUUCCCUUGUGAUAUCUGUUCUCAGAAGUAUCCAAAUCAGCGAUCGUUGCAGAUUCACAAAACUGGAGUUCACGGAGAGGAUAAGUUUGAGUGUGAAUUUUGCGGGAAACGGUUCAAAAAGAGUCGAAACUUGAAAGAACAUAAGGCUUCACACACCGGCGAGACGCUGUAUUCGUGCGAUUUGUGCGGGAUGACCAGCAAUUCCAACGGGAAUUUGUACUCGCACAAGAAGAACAAACAUCCAGUGGAAUGGUUAGAAACAAAAAAGAAAGCGAUGGAAAAGUAUUAUGCUAAAAACUAGUUAGAAUUGAACACUAUUUAAAAAGCAGUUUCUGGUUAAAACAAUGACGUAAUGAUAAUGUAGAAUAAAAUAUUCUCCGAAGCCGCUCGUA